AUGCCAGGCCCAGGGCGCGGCAAGCGGGAAGAACUCUGGACCUGGGACAUUUGCACCAUUGCUACGGAGGCUGACAUCCCAGGGACUGUGGUCAUUGACGAGGAGAGUUUGAGGUCAGAGAACUACCUGAGUCGAGGAGACUUUUCCUUCGAGAUUGGAGCCCGCACCAAUGGGCGGCAUAUCCUUUUCUUUGAGUUCAAGAUCUUAGACGAAAACUUGGAGGUGGUUCAAGAAUUCAAGACCGAGGUCUCCCCUGAGGAAUCCUUGCGGCUCAGAAAGAGCAAAAACAAGACGAUCCGAGGGUCAUUUGAGAAGUUGCAGCCGGGAGAGAAGUAUUGCAUUCAGGUGAGGGUCAUCAAUGCAGUGGGCCCGUCUUUUUGGGCCGAGCCUGGACCUUUUGCUCGGAUGCCGCCAGAUGUCCCACAGGUGCCAGCGCCAUUGAACAGUGAGCUCACAUCACUGGCAUUUAUUGAGGUGAAAUGGAAGCCGACAGUCGAGAGUGGAGCCGAGAUUGAGAAAUAUCAGAUCAGGAUGGCCUUGCGUGCCGAGCCCUUGGAGGAGGAAUGGAUAGUGAUUGAUGAGGACGAUCUGAAGAAGAACACCAAGAUCCAGGGAGAAGGAACCAAGUUGACGUCCAAGGACAAGGGGAGCUAUGCGUAUCGGAUUCAUGGCUUGGAAGAUGGAUCGAUGUACUACUUCACCAUCCGCGCUGCCAAUUGUAUUGGAUGGAGCGGUUGGUCGGAGGUGUCCCGCUUCAUGACCAAGAACUCCAAGCCCAGCAAACUCGAGGAGCUCACUGCGUCAUGCACCGCUCGGGAGUUGACGCUGUCAUGGACUCCCCCGGAGAGCAACGGGGUGGAGUUCCUGCGCUUCGAUUUGAUUGGUGGGCCCAACCGGAGCCUAGUGCGCUGGUGCCAGGCUGCUUUGCAGCGUCGAUGGGGAAAGUCACCCCUGAAGCCUUGA